UUGUCUACUACAGAUUGGUGAGGUGAGUUCCCCCAACAAUAUAUGUAACUACAAAAACAAUAUCGCUGACUAUUCAAAUACAUUCUAAGUAUUAGCCACGUUGUACCCACAUUAGUAGAACGUUCAUCAUUUGUGUGCGGAAAUGAUUAGGUUGCAGAGAGGUCAGAGGGUAAAGGCUAUUCACCCAGGACUCUCGAUUGUAGAAUACACAGCCAUCUUGGAUCUACGAGCAGAAGGGAAAUUAAUGCGGUGACAAACGGAAUGUUCAGUGCUACGAGAAAGAAGUUUGUAGAGGGGGUCGAAAGCGACUACCCUGAUGAGGGCAUGUACUACAGCCAGCAGUUGCCGUUCUCACAUAGGUCGGACAAAGACUUAAGCGCUCUGUCUGCUCGAUCACACGUCCCUAGUACAGCUCCCUUUGAACUUGAAAUGCUCUCGUCUCCCUCACCGUCGUCAUCAGGUCAACUGUCCCAGCUUGGUGCCAGUUUAUACGGCCCACAGAGUGCACUAGGCUUCUCGAUAAGGGGCAUGGGAAACAACACUCAGUUAAACCGCAGCUUAACGCAAGGCACCCAGCUACCGAGCCAUAUCACCCCCACCACGGGGGUGCCCACCAUGUCCCUCCAUACCCCGCCCUCGCCAAGCAGGGGGAUCCUGCCGAUGAACUCGAGGAACAUGCUGAACCACUCCCAGGUGGGCCAGGGCAUCGGGAUGGUCAGCAGCAGGACCAACAGCAUGGGCAGCUCAGGGCUGGGCAGCCCCAACCGCAGCUCCCCCAGCAUCAUCUGUAUGCCCAAACAGCAGCCUGCACGGCAGCCCUUCACCAUCAACAGCAUGUCAGGAUUCGGGAUGAACCGAAACCAGGCGUUUGGGAUGAACAACUCGUUAUCAAGCAACAUCUUCAAUGGCACAGACGGUAGUGAAAACGUGACGGGGCUAGACCUGUCCGACUUCCCUGCGUUAGCAGACAGGAGUCGGAGGGAAGGAAGUGGAAACCCAACGCCGCUACUCAACCCACUAGCUGGAAGGGCCCCCUAUGCCUCUUCUCUUCAUCUCAUGACCUCAUCAGUUGGCAUGGUGACAAAGCCAUCGAAUGAGCCGACACAGGAUUUCUCCAUCCACAACGAGGACUUCCCUGCACUGCCUGGUCCCAACUACAAGGACCCCACGUUGAGCAAUGACGACAGCAAGACAAACGUAAACUCUACAGGCAAGAGCACGUCCAGUGCAGAUGGGCCCAUGUUCCCCGGAGACAAGACGACCUCAGCACAGAACAACAACCAGAAGAAAGGGAUCCAGGUGUUACCUGACGGGCGGGUGAUGAACAUUCCCAGGGGAAUGGUGACGGACCAGUUUGGAAUGAUUGGCUUGCUGACAUUUAUUCGAGCGGCGGAGACGGACCCAGGCAUGGUGCACCUGGCGCUGGGGAGUGACCUCACAACACUGGGACUCAACCUCAACUCUCCAGAAAACCUGUACCCCAAGUUUGCUUCCCCCUGGGCAUCAGCACCGUGUCGACCUCAAGACAUUGACUUCCACGUCCCGUCUGAGUACUUAACCAACAUUCACAUACGGGACAAGCUGGCAGCUAUUAAACUGGCUCGUUACGGUGAAGACCUGUUGUUCUAUCUGUACUACAUGAACGGAGGAGACCUGCUACAGCUCCUGGCAGCAGUAGAGCUCUUUAACCGGGACUGGCGGUACCACAAGGAGGAGCGGGUGUGGAUCACGAGGGCGCCGGGUAUGGAGCCCACACUAAAGACCAACACCUACGAGAGGGGAACCUACUACUUCUUUGAUUGUCUUAACUGGAGGAAGGUAGCCAAGGUAAAGGAGUUCCACCUGGAGUACGACAAGCUAGAAGAGAGGCCCCACGUCCCGUCUACCUUCAACUACAACCCAGCCCAGCAGGCCUUCUGAGGCCCAGUACAGUAUAGUCCCAGGGGUACUGCUGUCCCUGCACCCCUCCCUCCCAGCCUGAGGAGGGUGCUGUGGCCCAGGCAUCCAUCCUGGUUUUUAUUCCUUGAGGAUCUGGUUAAAAUGACUGCAGAGGAGGUCCUCACCGCCGCAUAAGGUUGGGGAAAACUGAGCCCUGCCUUUCCCAAAUUAUGUGCUGCCCAAACACCUACACUUGUUCUGUUUUUAUUCCUUUAAUGUCCUUGUUUUUUGAGGUGGGAUUUGAGCAGGGUCUGUGUUUUGUUUACCUCUGAAUCAGAAGACUGACUAUACCGGCACACUUUACAGUGACAAAACAAGGGUUAUGACACAUUUUUUCAUCAACAAAAAAGUGACAAAGGUGGGGAAGGCUAAACCAACAAGUACCAUCCCACACGUGAGAACGAAAGGGGCCGGAAGAAAUGCAAUGUUCGUUGUUGCACUAUUUAGUAAUAAAAGAACACAAAGAUUGUUUGUGCUUUUUUAUGUGAAAACACUCCCUCGUGUUUUGUUUUGUAAAGAUCAGCAGCCUGUCUACACCUCUCUCUCUCCACUUCUCCUCUCCUCUCUUUCCAUAUCUCCUCUUGUACAUUCCCUCUUUUCUCCUCAACCGGCCCCACAUCUUUCUUUCCUUUUGACGGGUAUUUUCUGUCUGGCUUCAAAAUAGACACAGAUCGGAUACUUUUUUAGAGAAUGUUCUCACAACCUGUGGACAACCCGUACAAGGGUUGUUAGAAUACCUACCCAGCUUCAUUGUUCCAGAGCAAGCAAAACACUUUCCAGUCUUUGUUACGAUUUUGUAAUAAACGUGUAAAAAAAAUAUA